CAUGUGUGUUGAGACCCCGCUUUCGGGUUGUGGAAAUAUAUCCUCACUGACGGAGUGGCUUUUGUGCAGGUUAGUCUGUACUAUCACAGUAUACACACGAACACAUUGCUAAGGAAUAGUCAAGUUAAACAGAAUCCCUCGAGUUUCAAAGCUGAACGAAUGCCGCAUCCUCCCAUGCUGAGCUGGUCGCUGUCCGUAGCCCUGGUGGUGCUGAAAUUUGGAUGAUGCCGAGUCAGAGAUUACAAGGCUGCCGCUCGCUGGUACACAUUAACGAAGAUAAUGGUCGAUUUCUACUGCUAGCCGUCUUGAUCGCCCUUUACUUGGUGUGCGGGGCUGCCGUAUUCUCUGCAAUCGAGAGGCCAAAGGAGUUGGAAAACCAGGGACGCUGGAACCGGACUCUGUACAACUUUAGCGACACGUUUAACAUUAGUUUUGAGGAUCUGAGGUCUUUUCUGCGAGAUUAUGAAGCGGCAAUCGCUGCAGGAGUCAAGGCGGAUUCUGUCAGACCGCGCUGGGAUUUUCCUGGGGCGUUCUACUUUGUGGGGACAGUGGUGUCAACUAUCGGUUUUGGAAUGACCACUCCAGCGACAGUUGCAGGAAAAGUGUUCCUGAUCUUCUAUGGGCUGCUGGGAUGUGCUGGGACUAUCCUGUUCUUUAACCUCUUCCUGGAGCGCAUCAUCACCCUCCUGGCCGUCAUCAUGAAGGCAUGCCAUGAGAGGCACCUGCAGAGAAACGGCAUUCUGCCUCCAAUUAUCCGAAGGGAGUCCUCGUUCUCUCAUGGUGACAGCCUGGCGGGCUGGAAGCCCUCGGUCUACUACGUCAUGAUGAUCCUGGGGAUUUCUGCCAUCAUUCUGUUAUGCUGUGCGUCAGCCAUGUACACCCUGGUGGAAGGGUGGAACUACAUGGACUCCUUGUACUACUGCUUCGUUACCUUCAGCACCAUCGGGUUCGGAGAUCUGGUAAGCAGCCAGAACGCGGCCUACAAGAAUCAGGGAUUGUAUCGCUUUGGGAAUUUUAUAUUCAUCCUUCUGGGGGUCUGCUGCAUCUACUCCCUUUUCAACGUCAUCUCCAUUGUCAUCAAGCAAGUGCUGAACUGGAUGAUCAAGAAGCUGGAUUGCCGGUGCUGCGGAACGUACCACAAGAACAGCACUUUCCUGAGCCGGAGGAACGCCAUCACCCCCGGCUCCCGCCUCCGCAGAAACCACUUUUCCGUGGAAACGGAUGGCCAGUACGACAGCGACACCGAGGGCAGGAGGCUCUCGGGGGAGAUGAUCUCCAUGAGGGACCUGACCGCGUCCAACAAGGUGUCGCUCGCCAUCAUGCAGAAGCAGCUUUCGGAGACGGCCAAUGGCUUCCCGCGGACUGUGUGCAGCAGCUCCAGACACAAUGGCUUCUCUGGCGGGGUGGGCGCCUUGGCCAUUAUGAAUAACCGGUUGGCCGAAACCAGUGACAGCAGGUAGAAAUGUAUUUAACCCUCCAGUUGAAGAAAGACUUGUGCAAUAUUUAUUAUAUGCUGUACAUCUUCAUGAGAUGGGUGAACCCAUUUUCGUUACGGCAUAUUGCAAACAUUUACAAAGAAAAGGAUACAUUGAGUUGAGGAAAACGGAAUAGGUACAGUUAUAGAUACAGUUAUUUAUACAGUAGAGCUAUGCAAUUGCACAGAACUAUUGUUGUUUUAUAAGGGAGCAAGAGACAACAUCCUGUUUCAUUAACCGACUGCUAUUAAUGCCUGUUUCAUGUUGCUGCAUUUCAUAUAGCCAUCAGCUCUUUUGACUCUAAAUCUGGACAUACAUUCCUCAUCCAAGAAUUACCCAUAGCAUUAGCAAAUUUUAGCCAAGCUGCAUGGAAUGUAGGAUUAACAUGUGGUCAAGGCUGUAUACAAUGUGGGAGGGGAGGGGUGGGGGUGUUUCAGAGGAAUAUUUUCCAGCUGAUCUCUCUUUUAGUUUACCUGCAGACCAUACUGAUAACCUGAUAACAUUAGGAUGCCCAAGAUUAAUGUUAUUAGGGAUCUGGCCAACAAGUAUUAAUUAACGCAACUAAAAUAUACAAUUGCUUUGCUUGGUUAUGUUUAGUAACCACAGUCGAGGACCUAAUACAGGUGUCCAGAAAGGUCUGCAGGUAACAAAUAAGAAACAAAAUGGCAAGUACAUAUGAUAUUCCCUUAAUUGCAUUGCACUGGCUGGCAUUUAUUUGUACAUGCUUGAAAGUGGUUUUCUAGACAGACUUGUUUCUAUGUACGAGGCAGUAAUAACAUCCUACCUUUUUAUAAAUAAUGACAGCCAUGUCCCUUUAGUCGUAAGAGUCAUUUGCUUGGACAGAUUUCAAUCAUUUCCAUGCAUGUGAUGUCAACGUGUCUUGCUUAGGGUUUCUAGAUGGUACUGUUGAGGCACAAACUGAGAACUGAGAAAUUGGUAACACCCUUUUUGAGCUACAUUAAUUACAGGAGGCUUUUUUGGACCAGAUCAAUUGAUUCGAUCAGCUGAGACAUCAUGUUAGUAGUAAAUAAUGACGCUAACUUCAAAAAUUUGCAUGAUACAAUAUCUAUAUUAUAUACUGUAAAGCCAAAAAUAUUUUUGCGUAUGAAUAUAAUGAAGUAAUAUACUACUACCAGUGCAACAGGGUGCCAACAUUUCUGGAGCAAAAUAGGUUUUAUAGGUGUGAUUCGCAAAAUAUUUUGGUCGCAAAUAUUUAUGACUUUAUAGUAUUUUGUUUAAAUAUAGCUGAUACAGCAUAAGUAAAUAACUAAACAACAUAAAUAAAGUUCAUACCUCUAGUUUUUUUUCUUUCUUUUGUAGUUUGUUUUGUAAUUCAUGUUCUGUUAAGUCACAGAAUCAGUGUUCAGCAGUUUCUUCAUUCAGCCAUUUUAUGUUUUUGGAGUGGAGAUGGAGUGCGUUCCUUUUAAAAGGGGCAGGACUGACAGUGAUGUGAACCAAUCACAUGACAGAUGGAGUAGUUAAAUCUAUUCCUCCCUCCUCAACAUUGCUUAAAUUUUACAUCAAGGUUUAAAUUAGCUAAGCAGCUUUAGUUUCCUAUUCUGGACUACAAUGAUGUGAUUCACAUGACUGCUAGUAAGGAGUCGCUGAAGAAGAUGUUACAAUGUUUAACAGGAUUUGUAGAUUUGUUCUUUAGAGUACUCCUUCAGAACAUCACUGUACCUUGUACAGCAGGUUAAACAUGUUGUCCACUGAUAAUAGAAGGAACGUUCACUGGAAUCAGAUUCUUUUUAAAGGGGUGUUUAACAAACUGCCUGUUUAUUUCAGUAAUCUGUUCCAGGAGUUUACCUGUGAUUACAGCUUACAAAAUGUUUGUGGAACCAAAUAUUUUAAAAUACCGUUGGUAAAAAGUGCUACUGGAAGGAGAUCUUUUGCUUUUGCUGCAGUAGUUUCAGAUUGGAAUGCAUUGCCGAUCAGACUUCCCAUUGUCAAUUUAAAAAUGUGUUGUUUCAUUAUCUGAAGAAGCCCUGUGUACGUGUAUGAUGUGUAGAGGUUUAAAUGUGUAUUCCAUGUUUUUAUGUGAUUUUAAUUUGCAGUUGGACGCCGUU